GCAAUAAAAAAGGCAUGAAAUAGUUUAUUUUCUCUUUUUUCUUUUUUUCUUUUCUAUUUUAUUCUAAACAUGUCUUACGGUGAAGCUAACUCGUAUCAAGGUGGUGAAGCUGCCUCUUAUCAAGGUGGUGAUGUUCAACAAGCUUAUGGUGCCUACCAAAAGCCUGAUAUCUCUCAAGCUGCUAGACUUGCCAAACAACACGCUCGUCAAGAUGACGAUGAUGACGAUGAUGAUGAUAAGGAAGGUCUCUUUUCUUCUAUCCUCUCCAACAUCGUUGACCGUGAUGACGAUGAUAACGCUCCCCAUAAGCAACAAGUAGAUGAGCGUGAAGCCGAAAAUGCUGCCCAAGCCCACAACCGUGUCUACAACGAAAACAACGGACAGCCCACUGGUGAUGUUUCAUCUCGGGAUAUGGGUUCUGCAGCUGCCAUGCAGGCCUUUAAGAUGUUCUCUGGUGGCGGAGGCAACAGUGGUGGAUCAAACGAGUUGAUUGGUUUGGCUAUGGGUGAAGCUAUGAAACUUUUCAAAGCUCAAGGUGGCAGUGCUGGUGGUGCUAACCAAAGUGAAAUGCUUCAAUCUGCUGCUAUGAUGGCCAUGAAGUUGUUCAUGACACAACAAUCUGGAAAACAAUCUGGUGGUGGUGCAGGUGGCAGCCUUGGUCAAGUGAUGAAUAUCUUGGGUAGUUUGAGCGGUGGACAACAACAACAGCAGCAGCAACAUAGCAGUGGAGUGGCUGGUUUGUUAGGCAAAUUUUUGUAAAACCUUAGUGUAACAAAUCAAAUUGUAAAAUAAAUAUAAAAAGAACUCAGAUCUAA